AUGGACCUCCCACCACUCCUACAACUUCCAACAGAGAUACUCAUAAACAUCCUCAAAUUCACAGCUUCCUCUCCCGGUUCUUAUAUAACACUUUUAAAGCUUGCACAAACCUGCUCACACCUGCACCACGCGAUUUUCUGUUCAGAAAAUGAUUCUAUAUGGCGUGGUGCUGCAUUGACGCUCGGGAUUCAUGAAUCUUUGCAACUCGAACAAAUCCUGUAUCCUGGCUCUUCAGCCGUCCAACGUCGUCUUUGGCAAAAUGUUGUAAAGUUGAGUCUCGGGUGGUCGCGCCCAUUUCCUGUCGCAGCACCAACAGCACCACGAUUACAAAAGGUUCCAAAAGAAUUGCCUCCACCAGAUAGGAACGGAGACUGGUUUGGAAGGAGAACUAUAGAACUGUUCACUUAUGGCGAAGGAAGUCGCAAAGGUGCGGCAUACUUGAGUAAACACGCCAGUGUCAAAGAUGAUGGCUGUGUGGUUUUCCAGAUACGACCUGAGAAAGCUCUUACAGCCACAAAUUCUAUGACUAGACUUGUUACCGGUGUUUUGGAUCCUGCAUUCGGUAAGGUACAAGCAGUUGCACUUGAGUGGAAAGCUCAAAAUCAAUGGACGGCGGCACCUUUCCCUACAUCAGCUGGUUUCCUUGUUGAGGAAAAGAAUGGUGAAUAUAGAGUGCGCGCGGUAGAUGCACCAGAAAUGGGGUUAUCACAAUUAUGGAACCUAGGAAAGAGAGCUCCUGACCGCUUUGUUGCAAAUGGGGAGAUCCUAGUUGCGGUGACUUUUCCAGACCCGACUAGCUCAGUCGCGGCAACGCAGAUUCCAAGUAACUUGUUAUGUGUGGAGUCUGUGGGGACAAACACAGAAGCGGAGAGUAAAGUGGUAUGGGAGUUUGACUUGAGUAGAGAGUGGGUAGAGGAUGAACCGUAUACUAGCUUUCCACAUCUCAAGAAUUUCCACAUCACAAGAAAGCAUCUUGUUUGCCUCGUGACUCGCCAUCCAUCUUCAACUCUUGGGAAACUCACAAGAACUAAUUUCAUUGUGAUAUCCCUUGAAACUGGAAUCGUCGUAAAAACAAUGAAGUUUCCAGUUAAAUGUAUAUCUACGAACACACGCGCCGCGUUCACCACCGCCUUCUCGCACGAUUUUUUGCUGACGGACACAUACAUUGUAUCGGGGGGUAUCGGGGGAGUUCUGUUGGUCUGGGACUAUUCUAAAGAUCGCAAAGGGCCGAUAUAUGAAAUACCAAACCCCAUUGACUCCGAUGCAAAUAACGUCGAAGAUACUCCAGGAUUUCCUCGGCAGUACUCAUCUCUAUCCUUGAGUGUUGAUGGUCGAUUUGUAGGGGCCACGACUAGUGAUAAGUUAUGGCUAUUCGAUAUGGUUGAAAAGAAGGUCCACGGAAUUUAUAGUAAUGGUCGCAAAAUCAAAAAGAGCGAUUUUUAUACCAAGAAUCCGUUUGAUGAUUUUCCUGCUGGUGUAUGGUGUUGGUGGAGAGAAUGGCGAAAUUGUAGGAACGUCAAGACAGGAGAGGUGGGGUGGGAGGAGAUAAAGGGCUCCGAAGGAGUUGCAUAUCUGACGGAUCUAGGCAAUGAAGGAAGUCUUAUGAAUACGAGGGGUAUUUUGCAGAAUACAGGAAGUCCUGGGGAGAUAACAUAUCUACUACAUGCAAAUGACGGGAAUGCGCCCACCAGAGGGGUUGUGGGGAAAGGAUUUAGAGGAGUAAGGUCGUAUGAAAAGAGUGUAUAUUGGAUGGGUUAUAAGGGGGUGAUUCUUGAUUGGGCCUUCUUGGUGGUGGUACCAGUGGUGGUUGCACUGAUUGUUGCAAUUCUGAUUCGGUUUGAGGCAGUUUGA